AUGUACGGCACUCGCAAGCUGUUUGGCUUGUUGCUAGUCAGCCUUCUGAUUGCGGAGCUCAUCGUGUGGAAUACACUCCGCCGAUCGAAGUUUCGCCACGUCAGCACUACGAAUCAAAUAUCCGAGCACGUAUUCAUGUGUGCACAAGCUGACCCGCCGGGCGCGCCACGCAUAGCGUACGAAACUCUCGCUGGGGUCUGCGUGGAGCUCGUCCUCCUUGGCCUCGCCGCAUUCAAGGCGUGGCAGAACCGGGACCACGGCGGACUGCUCUCCCGCGGCCGAGGAGGACCUGGUAGCAUGAUUAACCUGCUGGCCUGGGAUGCUAUCUUUUAUUUCUUCCCUAUUUUUGGUAUCUACGCGGCAGCUGGCGUCAUUUGGCUUCAUAACGACAUUCGCAUCAACAGCCUCCUCACUGGACCAAGCGUCGCGCUGUCUUCGGUGCUCGUCAAUCGACUCAUGAUCUCGGUCCGGAAGGACUACUAUGAUCGUGAAGAUAAUGCACAGAGAGCCACAGGGCGGCUGCCUAGUGAACUGGAAUUCAGUAACGAUCCUUCGUUAGCUACCGAAGAAACGGAGAUAGAAAUGCAUCCAUCUGCGAACGUGGACGAAGAAUCGGCUCCGCAAUCGUCAACGGAAGCGCACACACCACACGCCGCGCAGCACCGCAUAGAUAUGGCGUCGUCACAGCCCGAAGCGGGCGCGUCCCGGAACGCGAACCGGCCGAUACAAACAACACACGAGCCUGAUAUAUGGAUGCCUCGGGGUUAUAGCGAUAGAGGAGGAUUCUGA